GAAAGAUGCGCGGGGAAGAGGGUCAAUAUACUUGGCGAGGCAUAAUGACGCCGGCCUGCAGUAUUGUGGAAGAACGAGGUAACUCGGUACACUACUAUAAUACCUUAGAGGCCUCCAGGCUACUAUAAAAACCUACUUAUCUACCACUGUAAAUACCUUGAAACCCGUCUGUUGACGUGUUAUCGUUUUGCCGGUCGCCAUGAAAGCAACAUUUUUACUCCUCGCUGCAAUUGGCGCGCAAGCUUGCCAGCGAGAUAGGGCAUCCAGGAGCCAUUCGCAGCCCUUUGUGAAGCGGCAGACUAGCAAUGCAACUUUCCCCCCCGUACUAGAUGCCAACGAGCAGAUAUUGAUCGACUCGUUCGAUAAUACAUCCAUCUCAACGUGGUCGUACUAUUACACUCAUGGAGACCAUAUUGCUGGCCGCAAUAAGACAAUCGCGCAAUGGACGGCUGACAAAUGGACCGAGUAUGGCUUCACUUCGAGACUAGACGAAUACUAUGUGUUCCUCAACUACCCAGUCUCCAACUCGCUAGUCCUCACAUAUCCAAAUGGCAGCACAUACAAACCGACUCUCAGAGAGGCUGUACUUGCGGAAGAUGACACAACCAGCUAUCCUAACAGUAUCCCAUCCUUCCAUGGCUAUUCCUUCACCGGCAACGCAUCUGCAGAAUACGUCUAUGUCGGUAGAGGUCAACAAGUCGACUUUGCUCGCUUAGUUGCCCUCGGCGUCAAGCUUGAAGGAAAGAUCGCCCUAGCAAAAUACGGUGGUCCAUUUCGAGGUCUAAAAGUCAAGAAUGCACAGGACUAUGGGAUGAUUGGCGCAGUCAUCUUCACGGACCCUGGCGAUGAUGGGAAUGUGACCGAGGUAAAGGGAUUCGCAGCGUAUCCUAAUGGGCCUGCGAGGAACCCUUCAACUAUACAAAGGGGUAGCGUUGAGUUCCUCAGCGUGUAUCCUGGCGACCCCACAACGCCAGGCUAUGCUUCGAAGCCCGACUCUCCGCGUGCGGACCAUGGCAAGGUCACCCCUAAAAUUCCGUCUCUUCCAAUAUCUUGGGCUGAGGCACAGCCCCUGCUGCAGGCUUUGAAUGGACAUGGACCGAGUAAUGCCAGUGUCAACAGGACGGGUUGGACCGGUGCUAUCUCAGGGGUAACCUACAGCGCAGGACCGAGCUCAAACGCAACGCUGUUCUUGAGCAAUGUAAUGAAUGACACCUAUAGCACUAUAUGGGAUGCUAUUGGCGUCAUCAACGGGACGAGCCAGGAUGAGGUGGUUAUUGUUGGUAAUCAUCGCGAUGCGUGGAUUAUCGGAGGCGCUGCGGACCCAAACUCUGGCUCUGCUGUGCUUAUCGAACUAGCAAAGGCCUUCAGCAAGCUCGCAGAGACGGGCUGGAAGCCUGUACGUACGAUUGUCCUUGCUAGUUGGGAUGCAGAAGAGUACGGGUUGGUCGGAAGCACCGAAUGGGUGGAAGAACACAUCCCCUGGCUGAAAAACGCCGCUGUAUCCUAUCUCAACAUCGAUGUCGCUGUUUCUGGACCCAUUCCCGCCAUAUCAGCAACCCCAGACUUGCAUGCUAUUAGCACUGCCCUCCUGAAGAAGAUUGUCUACCCCUACCGCAACAGCACUACCUCGACUCUGUACGAUGUAUGGGAACACGAAGACGGCAAAGUUGGCGUCUUGGGCAGUGGCAGCGAUUACACUGCUUUCCUGCACCGUGGCAUUGCCUCCAUCGACGUAGGGGCUGAAGGCGGUCCAAACGACGCUGUGUACCCGUAUCAUUCCAAUUACGAUUCGUACCACUGGAUGGCCACAUACGGAGAUAAAGGCUUUUUGACCCACAAGGCUAUAGGCCAGUACUUUACACUCCUGUUGUAUCACUUUGUCAACGACGCGACCGUACCUCUGGAGCCGGCAGGCUACGUCCCCGAGCUCCACAAGUACCUCACCGCACUCAACGCUACCGUUUCCGCAUCCAACUACACGAUUGACCUCUCGCCCCUCACGAAGGCCAUCUCCACUUUUGACUCGUUUGUGCACGAUUUCGAGGCCCUGCGCUCCCAGGCCCUGAAAUCCAACGACACUGCCCUUCUCACCGUGCAGAACCACAAAGCCCGCGACUUCUCUCGUGGCUUUGCCUCGCAGGGUGGGCUUCCCACGCGAGAGUUCUUCCAGCAUACCAUCUUUGCGCCCGGGCGGGACACUGGAUAUGCGCCUGUGACGUUUCCGGGUGUCACGGAGAGCAUCACGUUUGACAAGAACGCCACGUUGGCGCAGGAAUGGGUGGGCAAGACGGCGAAGGCGAUUCUAGUGGCAGCGAGUAUAUUGAAGACGUAAUGUCCAAGUAAUGUUGAGGAGGUAAGAAGGCGUUGGUUACAGCCAAGAGGUCUUCGGGGUAUUAAUAGUAGUCAGAAAGAAGGCACUUAUCGUAGCUACAAGGAAUUCGCGAUAUUAAAAGUACCAAGUUACAAGGUAGUUACAGCAGCCUGGAAAUCUUCAGAACACUACAGUAUGUACACUGAACACCACCUAAGAGAAGCCAAGCUGCUAUAGUAGUAGACAUUAAGACUAUCUUACGACAAAUUCCAAGGAAGUCAAAGGUUGAGAUAUACGAUCAGAGCAUUGAUAGCCUCUCUAGUAAUAGCAAACCGGGAAAAGCUGUGGGAUUUCAACAUUGAACAAGCGAAAUAAGGACACGGACGCUGGCGACGUUCGGAAGCUUGUCAAGAUAUUCAAGAGCUUCUAGAACUAGAAGACAGGGUCUGCUCAAGGGCUACAGCGCUGCGCUGCGCGUGGU